GAGGAGCAUGGCAUUGAGGGUUAGAGCCCAGCCUCUGCUGCCCGAGUGUGUAUUCCAUGUACAAGUCAGCCGAGUUUUACCCUAACAGUUGAUCUGCUCAUAUACCUUGUCGAUGGAGACUUCAGGCCAUAGUAUGUUCCUUACCGUGUUCCUCAGUGACAACGAGCAGCACUUCACCGAGGUCCCUGUGACCCCCGAGACCACGUGCAGAGAUGUGGUGGACCUGUGCAAAGAACCUGGCGAGAGCGAGUGCCACCUGGCUGAAGUGCGCUGUGGCUCCGAGCGUCCAGUGGCCGAUGACGAGCGGAUGUUUGAUGUUCUGCAGCGGUUUGGAAGUCAGAGGAGUGAAGUUCGUUUCUUCCUUCGUCAUGAACGUCCCCCCAGCAGGGACACAGGGAGUGGACCAAGGUCUCAGGACCCAAGUUUAAGAAGAAACGGUGUAAAAGUUCCUGGGGAGCAUCGAAGGAAGGAGAAUGGCGUCAGCAGCCCCAGGAUGGACCUGACUCUCGCUGAGCUCCAGGAGAUGGCAUCUCGUCAGCAGCAACAGAUCGAGGCCCAGCAGCAGAUGCUGGCCACCAAGGAGCAGCGCCUGAAGUUCCUGAAGCAGCAGGACGAGCGGCAGCAGCAGCAGGCCGCAGAGCAGGAGAAGCUGAAGAGGCUAAAGGAGAUUGCCGAGAGCCAGGAGGCCAAGCUGAAGAAGGUGCGCGCGCUGCGGGGCCACGUGGAGCAGAAGAGGCUGAGGAACGGCCGGCUUGUGGAGGAGAUUGAGCAGAUGAACAGCUUGUUCCAGCAGAAACAGCGGGAGCUUGUCCUGGCCGCGUCCCGGGUGGAGGAGCUGAGCAGGCAGCUGGAGGUGCUCAAGAACGGCCGGCUGGACGGCCGCCAUGACAGCAGGUCUGCCGCGGCCGAGCUCGACCGCCUCUACAAGGAGCUGCAGUUACGAAACAGGCUGAAUCAGGAGCAGAAUGCCAAGCUGCAGCAGCAGCGGGAGUGUCUGAAUAAGCGCAAUUCAGAGGUGGCGGCCAUGGACAAGCGUGUCAGCGAGCUUCGGGACCGGCUGUGGAAGAAGAAGGCGGCGCUGCAGCACAAGGAGGGGCCCCCGGUUUCAGCUGAUGGAACCCCGCCCCCACAGGGGCUGCCGGCACCCAGUCGCGUGGCCGCUGUGGGCCCCUACAUCCAGUCGUCCACGAUGCCCCGCGUCCCCUCGAGGCCGGAACUCGUGGUGAAGCCUGCUCUGCCGGACGGCCCCGUGGCCCUGCAGGCCUCGGAGGGGCUGCUCCGAGUGCGCACACUGCCCACCCCACGGUCUGCGGCCGCCUCCCAGACCAAAGGCUCUAAAAUCCAUCUGCUCAGCUCUGACUGGAGCCCCCCAAGUGCAGACUUGGCCACGAGCCAGCCCUCUGGUCCUGCACCUGCCAGCUCUGCGCGGGCCCCAGACCAAGUUGAUGAUGGAGAGGUUCCCCUGAGAGAGAAGGAGAAGAAAGUUCGCCCCUUUUCCAUGUUGGACUCCGUGGACCAGUCAGCCGGCCCAGCCCCCUGUGGGACCCUCAGGAAAAACCAGAGCAGUGAGGACAUCUUGCGGGACGCUCAGGCUGCGAAUAAAAAUGUGGCGAAAGUACCACCUCCUGUUCCGUCAAAACCAAAACAGAUUAAUUUGCCUUAUUUUGGGCAAACUAAUCCGUCACCACCAGAUGUUCAGCCGGAUGGAAGCCCUCAGCAGUCAGCCGCCGUGCUCGCAUCGGUGGGGAAUAAACCCAAAACUGCAGGGCAGCAGAGGGGCCUGCUGUCGUCCGGUGUGUCUUCCGCUGGCCAGGGCCCGGCCCUCGCUCCAGCGUGUAAACAGGAAAGUCCGCCCGCAGCUGCCGUCCGACCCUUCACUCCGCAGCCUUCCAAGGAUGCCCCUCCUCCACCCUUCAGGAAGCCCCAGACUGUGGCUGCGAGCUCCAUAUACUCCAUGUACACACAGCACCAGUCCCCCGGGAAGAACUUCCAGCAGGCGGUGCAGAGUGCAUUGACCAAGACCCAUUCCAGAGGCCCGCACUUCUCCAGCGUGUAUGGCAAGCCUGUGCUGGCCGCCGCACAGGGCCCGCAGCAGCCCGAGAACAUGUACCCGGGUGAGCCCGGCAGUCCUGAGCUGGAGCCAGAGCCCGGGGCACCAGUGCAGGAGAGCCAUGAGAACGAAAGAAUUCCUCGGCCCCUCAGCCCCACCAAAUUACUGCCAUUCUUGUCCAACCCCUACCGGAACCAGAGUGACGCUGACCUGGAAGCCCUGCGGAAGAAACUGUCCAAUGCCCCUCGGCCGCUGAAGAAACGGAGCUCCAUUACGGAGCCAGAGGGCCCAAAUGGGCCGAAUAUCCAGAAGCUCUUGUACCAGAGGACCACCAUCGCCGCCAUGGAGACCAUCUCUGUCCCCUCGUAUUCGUCCAAGCCGGCUCCAGGGACAGCUGACUCAGAAGGCUCAGGAGAAAUCCAGAACCCGUACUUGCACGUGGAGCCAGAGAAGGAGGCGAUCUCUCUGGCUCCCGAACUGGUGUCCCCAGAGGAAGUGGGAGGCGCCAGCUCAGAGAGCAGUGACAUGCCAGCUCCUUCCCCAGGCCUGGACUGUGUGCCCGAAGGAGUCCCAGACAGCAGCCCACGUUUCCAGAACAGCACAGAGGACCUGAGCGCCGAGGCUCCACACCCGCUGGAGGUGUACCUGGAGGAAUACCCCCCGUACCCGCCCCCGCCAUACCCGUCCGGGGAGCCCGAGGGGCCCGGAGAGGAUGCUGGGAGCCUGCGUCCCCCCGAGAUCACGGGGCAGGUCUCUCUGCCUCCUGGCAAAAGGACAAACCUCCGUAAAACUGGUUCAGACAGGAUUGCCCAUGGCAUGAGGGUGAAGUUCAACCCCCUAGCUCUGCUCCUGGACUCCUCUCUGGAGGGGGAGUUUGACCUUGUGCAGAGGAUUAUCUAUGAGGUUGAGGACCCCAGCCUGCCGAACGACGAGGGCAUCACCGCCCUUCACAAUGCCGUGUGCGCGGGCCACACGGAGAUUGUGAAGUUCCUGGUGCAGUUUGGUGUGAACGUGAACGCCGCAGACAGUGACGGAUGGACGCCGCUGCACUGCGCUGCCUCCUGCAACAACGUGCAGGUGUGUAAGUUCCUGGUGGAGUCCGGAGCUGCUGUGUUCGCCACCACCUACAGCGACAUGCAGACUGCCGCUGACAAGUGUGAGGAGCUAGAGGAGGGCUACACCCAGUGCUCACAGUUCCUCUACGGAGUGCAGGAGAAGAUGGGCAUCAUGAACAAAGGGGUCCUGUACGCGCUGUGGGACUAUGAGCCUCAGCACAGCGACGAGCUGCCCCUGCGAGAGGGGGACUGCAUGGCCGUGCUGCGCCGGGAGGACGAGGAGGAGACCGAGUGGUGGUGGGCACGCCUGCAGGACCAGGAGGGCUAUGUGCCACGCAACCUGCUGGGGCUGUACCCGAGAAUUAAACCCAGACAGAGGAGCUUGGCCUGAAACUUCAGAAUUUUAGUUUCUGAAGAAUUGAUGUCUUACGAGUAAGAAGUAACGUGAUUGUUUUUGGCAAGCGUUUCAGAAGACUUUGCUGACAACGUCGCUCAAAAGCAAUGUGGAAUGUUCUGGAGGGACAUGAAGGAUUGGAGUUGGCUCUCUGAGAGGGACGCUCGGCGUGAUGAGCUGGCUGUUCUGUGCUGGGAAGCAUGUGCCACGGAGCAGAGGACAGAUGGACAGUGAUGUCCCGUUUGCCCUGAGAGAGAGAAGUAGGGCCGCUCUGUGUCCCGCCCACACGGUGUUUGUCAGCACGUCCCCUGCGCCUGCCUCACCGGGAAGGACCAGAGCCAUCUCGGUGGCCCCAGGGCCUCGGGACACAAGGGCCACCCUCACAGAACUACGUGUGGGCGGUCCUUUGUGAUAGGACUUUGUAGCGUCUUCGGAGUCACACGUGAAAAACAUUGGUCCCAGGCCGCUGCACAGCUGACUAGAUGGAGGGUCUGGUUUUUAGGGGGAAUUUAAAUCUGUAUUUAUUGUCUUUUGUAUCCUGGACAUUGGAGACUUGCUAUAAAGACUUAACCAUGAAAUUUGUCAAGAUCAGAGCUGACUUUAAAAACUAUCUUAAUAAAAUUAAACUUUUUGAAUCCAA